AUUGGUGUUUUGUUUUGACUUUUGAUUAUUUACCGGCGAAACAUCACAUCAAAAUAGUUUUGCAAUUUAAUUUAGAAAUGGCAGCCCGUAGUAUACUAAAAUUGGGGGCUCUUGAAGCACAGAAAACCGCAUUUUUCCUGUGUGAUGUCCAAGAAACAUUCCGUCCGCAUGUGAAACAUUUUGAAGAGGUCGUCAAAGUAGCCAACAAGAUGAUAGAAGGAGCUAAACUAUUCAACAUAAACCUCUAUGUAUCAGAGCAAUAUCCCAAAGGCCUCGGUCACACUACGAAGGAUAUCAACCUAGACAGCGCAGCAUUGGUUUACGAAAAGACUAGGUUUUCCAUGUAUACUCCAGAAUUAAAGGAGCGACUGAAAUGUGAAGUACCGAGUCUCGCUUCUGUGGUGCUAUUCGGGAUUGAGGCCCACGUGUGCAUAGAGCAGACGGUGAUAGACCUGCUGAAUGAAGACAUCUCGGUGCACAUCCUCGCUAACGGAGUCUCCUCGCGAAGCACUAUGGACCGAGUGCUGGCACUGCAGCGCAUGCGAGACCUAGGCUGCUUCAUCACCACUUCGGAAAACGUGCUAUUCAAGCUACUCGCCGACAAAAACCAUCCAAACUUCAAACAAGUGUCCAAAUUGAACAAAGUGCCUACAGUGGACACCUUGUUUGAUGUUGCGUCUAAAUCUAAGUUAUAGACAUAGAGGUUCCAAACUAUGGGCUGCUUCGUCGCGACAGCCGAGAAUGUUUUAUUCAAACUCAUGAAAGACAAAUCACAUCCAUCGUUCAAACAAGUCUCUAAACUGAAUUUAGUGCCAACCAGCGAUGUUUUAUUACAGGGUUCAAAGUGAAUUAUAUUUGUUAAAGUAUU